AUGGUGGCGUUCGACAUGCUCUUUCAUCACAAACUCUACAAUCGUUACAUCAAGAGCACCUCUAAAUUCAUGGCUCGCGACAAGCAGAAUCAGUGUGUCAAAGCAACUGAUUUUGAUGAUGACGAUGGUGGUGGUCUGGUGAGUUAUGAAAGUGGUGCGCUAAAUGGAGUAGCUUCAGGUCAACAUGGUGGUCAACAUGUUGUUAUCUUACCCUUACCUAUGAAUGGACAUGCUGCCAUUUAUGCUGCACUUCUUCCAACAAUUGUGGUGUCGGAGCCUAUUGGAAUGCCCAGUGAAUGUCUCCUCUUGAAGAAUAUUUUUGAUCCGACCAUGGAAAUGGACCCAAAGUAUGAUUUGGAAAUCAAAGAUGAUGUUGAGGCAGAAUGUUCCAAAUAUGGUCCAAUUCUACAUAUUUAUGUUGACAAUGUUGGUUAUGUAUUUCUUCGAUUAGAAACCAUUCAAGCUUCUGCAGCUGCUCAAGAAGCAAUGCAUAAGAGGUGGUUUGCACGCAAGAUGAUCUCAGUACUAUUUUUGAUGAAAGCCAUUGAAAAACUUGUCAAGGGGGGAAAGAAAUUGACUUAG